AUGGCUAGGAACGAGUACCUGCUGACCGUGGUGGCCGAGGACAGCGACCUGCUGCUGCUCGGCCUGCGCUUCUCGCCCUCCCAGCUGCACUUCCUGUUCCUCAGCGAGGACGUGGCCGGUGCCUGGCAGACCCGCGUGUCCUUCCGCAGCCCGGCCCUGGGGGACGGCCGCUGGCACACGCUGGUCCUGGCUGUGACCGCAGGCGUCUUCUCCCUCACCACGGACUGCGGCCUCCCGCUGGACAUAAUGGCCGAUGUGCCCUUCCCAGCCACCCUAUCGGUGAGAGGAGCUCGGUUCUUCAUCGGCAGCCGGAGGAGAGCCAAAGGCCUAUUCACGGCGAUAACCAUCACGUAG